AUGUACCGUGUGCUUCAUAUUCUCACAAUAUUGAGCGCACUGGUAUCCCUCUGUUUAUGCGCGCCAAGUGUCUCCGGCCUAGACUGGCCAUCAGACCGGGCGUUGCCAUUGUUUCCAGACGUUGCAAAAGACAUUGAGUACGCCAGACUCAGUGCCCUUUCCGGCAAUGAGCAAGUCCUCCUGGUCUCUUUGCAGGGCUUGGUCAAUCGUCAAAAACCUCGGCUUUAUCUUUACUGGUCAGAAGACCCCAAGAUGCCUGAUGAUGCCACCAAUGAGGCGUGGCUACGGCAAUUCGAAGGCAUGGGUAUCCAAAGCGCGGACGUGACGAGCACUCCUCUCCGGCUGGUCGAAAAGUACAAGUCCGAGGUCCGCGGCGCAAUCAUCUAUGAUCUCAAACUGCCAGAUACGAUCAACCUGGCGUCGACGAUGGCUGGAAUCUCGGGCGCCGUACUAGCAACUGAAGAUCUGGCGCGGCGCCUCAAUCUCACCAUCACUGAGGACCUUAGGGGGCGGUUCAAAGACAAGUACGAGAUGUACGACUACGCGGCCCGAAAUGUUUGGCCCAAAGUGACCGACCGUCUUAUUACAGCAAUCAGGCCUAGUUCGACUGUCUUCUUCGCGAAUAGAACCUGGACUUCACUCUUAAAGGCGAAUUCCUCCUUGACGGAUGCUUCUAACAACGGCACAUAUCAAAUCGAUCUGUCUCAGUUCAUCAACCGCAGUAACGCCGUUUACGUAAAUAUUAGCGAUGCCUUUCCCGCCGAUGGCUAUGGCCCUUCAGUGUUCAAUGUGAAGGUUACGACGGGUGGAAACAAGACCAUAGCCGACUUUCGGCCUGGCACCGAAGAUGAGGACUCCUUUCUGUUCGACGAUGGCGGCUCGCACUUGGCCGACUACCCUGGAGGAUGGAGAUUCGCGGAUGGCACCGCCGCGAUGAUCUACAAGUUCAACUAUCCAUCCCGAGUCACUAAUUUGACGCUCACAUUGUCCAUGUGGAACCAAUUCGAGGUUUCAGCAACAACGUCAACGCCCGCCUAUCAGAAGGUGAACUCAAUAUUUCGCGACUACAUCGUCGCUACAGCCGCGCCAUGUAUUUGGCUGGAUAGCAACAGGCCUCGAGAGGCGGCACUGCUUGACAAAAUUCUCCGUCAAUUUCAACCGAACGCAGCUUACCUCGGCUGGUUUCCCAACGGGAAUGAGAUGUCCGGCGUCACGCAGUUGGCACGAAGCGGCGUAUAUGUCGGCGCCACGGACUUUUAUUUCAACCCAACUAUGUUCAGUGGUUUCAGAACACGAGAGAAAUCAGAGAAGCCUGCGAUAGGAGGGCCGCCAUGGGGUCCUCCUGGUCCUCCUGGUCCGCCGCGAGAGCUGCCAGGGCGGCCGCCAGGUCCAGGACGCCCUCCGCCCAGGAAGAAUGCCAAAGUGUACCUAUGCCUCGUCUAUCUUGAAGGGGAUAACAUUCAGUAUGACCAACGGGCUAUGUUCACACACUGGAACGACCCCGAGAGAGGCUCCGUUCCUCUCGGCUGGACUAUCAGCCCUCUACUGCGGGAUAUCGGUCCGGGUAUACUGUCGUACUAUCAGAGAACGUCCACCGAUAACGAUUUGCUCAUCGCCGGACCCGACGGGGCGGGUUACACCUACCCAGGGGUCUGGCCGAGGAAAGCUCUGGCAGCGUUCCUCUCUCAAAGCGGGGAUAUUGCCUUUCGAGACGCCGUGGUGACGAAUAUGGUCAGCAUUGGGAACGAAGACACCAGCGCAGCGACGCUGCGAAACAUCUCGGAUAACUGGAAAGGCCGCGGUCCCCUUUUCAUCGCUGGCGCUGUCAGUGCCUUUGAUGUGACGCCAGCUAAUAUCAGUCGCAUGGUCAAGCAGCUGGGACCCGAAUUUGAGAUCGUCCGGCCUGAUACGUGGUUCGAGUUAUUGAGAGUAAAGGAGAGACCACCUGGCCCUGGACCGCCUGGGCCAUGGCCACCUUGGCCACCCGGUCCUUAG